ACAAUUAAUCGAGGUAAUUUUAUUCGAAUCGUAUUAUUUAAAACUUUUUUUUAAAAAAAAAUGCAGUCGCAGGAAAAUCGCGAUCCAACCGCAGUUCACUCGCAAGAAAACCGCGUGCGACUGAGCCACGGUCCAAUCGCAGUUUUCCUACGACUGAGCGGUAAUAGUUUUAGGCCUACCCUGCUCAGAGGGGACCCUCAUGAGAGGGGGGUAACGGGUUCUGCUAGAAGGGCUAGGCAGGAAGAGGCUGCCAGACACAGUGAGGCCAAAUGCUCGAGUACGCUGAACCAAGUGUGUACUUGUUUUGAUGACCAGGCUAGCAGCCUCUAAAGUAGUUGGGGGGUUUCUAGUGAUGAUGAUGAUGCUGAUGAUGUUGAGUACCAAGGCGAUGUUGUUCUCCCAGUGGACUGGACUGGACUGUUGUCCGGGGGUCUGACGGGAGAUUUGCACGUGCCGGACAUAGUCUCUUUGAUAAAAUGAGCCGCCAGGGGGUAGCAAGCGUUCACAGUCUGCUGGAACGGAUUGGUUAGUCACAUCGCCCCAGCCCGGGGGGCCCACAGAUACGCGCCUGAUACCCAGCUAUGGCGGGCACAUAGCUAAACUUAUUUUUGACGGCUCUGAGCGUACGCCUCCGGUUCUGGAAUGUCGUAGUAGGAAGAGGCCGUUAGAGGCGAUCAUCAGACUGCGGGAUAUGACCGAUGCACUGUACGAUGUUGUACCUGCUACUCCCCUCGGCCGUCUACCGUACGUUAUGCACCGGCACAUCGACUGUGCUUUGAUAUCGGCCUUCGUGGAGAGGUGACAGCCGGAUACGAACACCUUCCACAUGCCAUUGUCGGCUCUACCUUGCUUGCGGAUAGACCAGAACCAGCAUGCGACCUCACCCGAUACUUGCCGUGAACGUCGAUCAGGAUGAGAUCGCCUAGGGUGCGGUGACGCUGGCCUACAUGUAUCGCCAACUGGGAAUGGCAUCUAAGGCUGGUUGCAAGACCAUUGCGGGUUGCCUGACAUUGCUCCAGACAUGGAUCUACAAGUACUUUCCCGCCUUCUGCCCUCAUCCUCGCCGAGCAGAUGUCCCUAAUAAGACUAGGGUGGAGAUGUGGUCCACGCCCAAGCCAGGUCGUGAGAUCAACAGGCUGAGGUACUGUAGGAGUAUAUUGGACACCAUGACGGAAACUCAGGUGGAAUGGACUCCGUACAUGAUUUCUCCAAGUGCAUUGUUGAAUGAGCACCCACGCACCACCUUUAUUGGGGGUAUCACUUGCUUUGAUAUCGUCGAGGUGUAUUUGCCGGAGAGGACAGUGCGACAGGUCGGCUUUCUGCAGGCUAUUCCCCCCCUCCUUUGAGACCAACCCAGGCUGUACGACCGGCACACGGUAUUACUCCGUGACCUUUGCUUCUCCACCUGUGUACUUGGAGGCAUGGAGUAGGUUCCCCUAUAGUGCCCGCCCUGGUGAUCAGGCACUUCUUCGGGCAUCUGUUCCAUCAGAGGCUGAUCCUAGUUACGUUGACUGGUUCAGAGUGUGCUCCCACCCAUACGUCGUCCCCAAUGAAGGACCGAGU